ACGUCACGCGCGCCGCGGCUGUCGAUUGGCGCAAAGUGCAGCGCCGCUGGCGCUCAUAAAUAUGUGGGGCAAGUCGGCGGGGGCCGAGCUCUUUGGAGCGCAAGUCGUGUGUGGAGCGCGCCGCGAGCGGAGUCUUGUGAGCCCGAGCCGAGCGCGCGGCGCAAGUGUGGCCCUGUACGCGGGUGAAGCGGGCGAGGCCGCGGUGGCAGCGUGGCUCGGCGGCGCGCCCCCGGACCCUGCCUGCCUGUACUUCCAGCAGGGCGGCGCGGCGGCCGCCACGCCGUCGCCGUCGGGCUCGUCUUUGAGCUCGUCGCUCGAUGAAGACGCCAUGGCGGGUGAUGAGUACAGCUUCGACCUGGAGAACCUCGAGGAGGUCGUCAAGCAGGAGAUGGGCGCCAAGUACGCCGCUCUUCAGCCCGAGCUGCAGCAGCUCGAGCAUCUGCGUCGGCCAUUGGUCGGCAGCACGCCGGGCACACCACCGGACACGCCGCCCGGCUCGACCGCCUGCCCGGCGUCGCCAGAGUUCGGCGCCUGCAUGCCGGACGACAGCAUGAUGUGGCUGUCGCAGCCGCCACCGCCGCCGGCGCCGCACCAGGCGCCGCACCAAGCGCACGUGCGCUUCGGACACCAGGAGCCGCUGGACCUGCGGCCGCAGGGGGACCUCGAGUGGCUGCAGCUGCGCCGCGACCUGGAGGGCCCACGGCCCCCGAUGCCCCCGCCGAUGCCCAUGCGGGACAUCUUGGACGACGAACAGCUGAUCUCGCUGUCUGUGCGCGAACUCAACAAGCGACUCCACGGGUUCCCCCGCGAAGAAGUGGUUCGCCUCAAGCAGAAGCGUCGGACGCUCAAGAACCGCGGCUACGCGCAGAACUGCCGGACCAAGCGCCUGGCGCAGAGGCACGAGCUGGAAAGCAGGAACCGCAUCCUUCAGGCCGAGGCCAACCGUUUGCGUCAGGAGCUGGAACGCGCCUGCCAAGAACGCGACUUCUACAAGCAGCAGCUGGGCGCCGCCGCCCGCGCCCGCGCUCAGCAGCCGCAGCCGCCGCCACAGCAGCAGCAGCUGCCGCCGCCACCACACGGACUCGGGCCCGGCUCGCCGGACUUCCUCAUGUGACUCGGGCCGGCCCGCAACGGCGGUCCCGCCAAGUGGCCGCCGCGCAACUAAAAAUGAGACUGUACGAAAGGCGGCAGCCAUGCCGCCGACGAACAGUGCGCCGUCGCCUGGCGUGAUGCCCCAGCCGGCGAGCACUUCAUAGACUGUACGAAAGGCGGCUUCGUGCCGCUGACGACUGCCCCGCUUGCGCUUGCUUUGCUUGUCCCUUGUCUUGCCCGCCGCCGCUCAAAGUUCAAGGAGGUUCGCGUUCUAGAGGCGUGGAGCACGGGCCUCCAGGUGGGCGGCUCCCGGGACGCCGGCCAGUUUGCUAUCAACAGGUACGAAAGGCUCCGCAUGGCCGUACGCAUUUGCCCCUUGAUCGCCGAGUCGACAGCCGCGCGUGCCAAGUCGCGGGCAGGAGACGCCGCACCGGCGCCGGGUCGUGGCCCGGGUCGCUGCGCUGUCUCCUCCCCGCUGUCACGCUGUUGCACUGGCGCCAAAGCCUGACGCUCCGCGGAUACACGCUGCGCAAGUCUCGGCGCGCAAUGUUACGCCGCAUUCACGCGUCCUGCCAUUUGUGUUCACAGCACAUGCUCUCUUUUCGGCGCACGCAGCCCCAUGCCGAACAUUGUCAACUUUAUCAGUUUUUCCCGACGAUGGUUAGAGUAAAUGCUAGUCGUGGUCAAAGCGUGAUAGCUGUCGUCGUAACGAUUCUGGUUUACUUGUACUUCUUGACAUACACCAUUUGAGUGCGGCGCAGUUGUUUGCUGAUGGUGAAGUAACAGGGGCAGUGCAAUUAUAUCGGCUAGCACGUGUACUCCUCCCUUUUGUCUGCGGUGUCGAUAACGACAGAGAAACGAAGUAACAUGUGUUUCAGUGUGUUGCUUGCGUACGUGACGGCUAUAACAAGGAAGGGUUGUAUUGCGCGUGCUUGCUUUAAUCUGUAGCGACGCUGUAGAUCUCUUUCGAAGUGCAUGUUUACGAAUCAGUAUCCAUAUAUACAGGAUACAAUAUGGCUCUCAUUCCUAAUUUGAGUUGUUAAAUUUGUGUGCGUUAACUCGUUAUCCUCACCGUUAAACAAGGAACAUUCAUGCAUAUACAUGAUACUUACCAGGUCUGACCACGACAAGGGAACACCUUAUAUGGUAUUACUUUUGUACAAGUAACAUUCUACAUUGCUGGUGCGCCUUUUCUGUGACAGUAAGGGAACAAGACAGGCUGCAUUAUCCCGAAGCAUGUUUCCUACCCCUGUCAUACCCGAAUAAGCACUGCAGUGGUGUACUCACGAGUGACAUAACACGAUGUUGUGACAUGCAUUUUGAUUGUCUAUGUGAAAAUUCGAGUGUACUUGAAGUGUCAAUGUCCUCUUUGAAGAGGAUAAACUCGCCCCGACAGUAUAACUAGCAAGCACCUUCGGUGACCUUUGCCAUUAGAACGCUACCCGGACACCAGUGCUUGCGGCGUUGUUAGGCGAAGUCCCACAAUAAGCUUGAGAAAAGUCUUGUUGCUCCGUGUGCUAUAUGCGCUAACGUUAUCAAAGCUCUCGAUAUUCUCUUCUGAACCUUGAUGCCGUCUGCACCAAUAUACAUUUAUGUCUACACCCAGAGCUAAAUAAUCAACCGUGGGCCAGUGGACUGGCCUUGUGAGCCCUGUUGCAACGUUCGACUACAAGCGGUGCGUUUCUAAUGGGCGUUUAUCCAGCGCGUGCCAACAUGGCAGAUUCACUUUUUAAAGUGAGAUAUAGUUCCUGGAAUCAAUGUGGCAGCUGGCCUUAGCAACUUAAGCUUUGAUUUAACCACUUAAGCUUGUGCAAUAACAACAUUUCAGAGACAGCUAGCUUUGAGAAUAAGCCACGACACAGUCCUUAACCGAUCCCGCAGGAAAGAUAUACAAGCCCCACCCCAAAGAACCAAGGCAAAACAAUUGUUGUGCCCACAAGUAUAAGUUACCUAGUUCUUACUUCUUUAGUGCAAGCUCUACAGCCGACGAGCGCUAAACCAAGAAGUAUAUCGUUCCUUAGGUUUCCUUAAUAUAUCAUCAAAUAUUCUGGUACUGAUUCAUGCAUUAUCUAUCUCGUGAAAACAUGUCAGCAGUCCCACUUUCCCCACGAAUUGGACAUUGGAAAGCAUGGCACAAAUAUCUCCGUUCGUGAUGCGAAGAUGGUUGUUGAAGUCAAGUAGUGAAGAGCGAUGUGCAAUGUUUUAAAAAGUACACUACUUUACUUUGCCGCUUUUAUAUUUAUGUCAAAUCAAAGAAUUGUGUUGGGGCGUGGUACCCGCUUUGAGCUCAUCAGUAGUUUUCCAUGCGACAAGGGGGUAAAAACGCACGCUGUUUUCUACUGUGAUAAGUAAGACUGUAUAUUAAUAUGUGUGUGCAAAGAAAAAGAAACGCAUUAUUUGUUUUUAUUUCAAGUUGUUUUAUGUCCAAGAAAUUUUCACGCUGUUAUAUGAACAUGUGCAUGUAUGUAAUUGUAUAAAACCCACACGCAUACACAAACUCGUGUAAAUAUUACCUAUGUACACGCUACCAAUGUGUAUCAUUGAAGAAGCAGGAGUGCAUGAGGUUUCGUUCAUUAUGAAUUCGAGGCUUCCUCUUUUCAUAUCGGCGUAAUAUGUGUACCGCCAGAGCGCUUCUAAAAGCGCCCCUGCUUCGCCAGUGCGGCUACCCCAUGAUCAAUGCUUCCCCUCAUAAAAAAAAUGAAUAUAAUAUUAUUCCUGCUAUUAUAGUGUCUUCUUCUUCACUGAGAUUCAGGUCAGCCUGUUACGGGCACCUUGUACGCGUUUUAGUUCGCUUUUAAACGCCUGUACAUACCUCCUUGCCUAGGUGGUGCGUUUUAAGAGAGUGGAGAAACGUUAAAUCUUGUCAGCUUUUCGUGGAACAUGUGGGUGUACGCUGUAAUCAGGACAUUUACGUUACUGACACUGUUUUCCAGGAGCCGAGUGUCACGGUGUAAAAAAAAUAAAAUCAAGCAAUAAAAGGAAACAUGAAUGCCAAAA